AUGAUAGAGAAUUCUGGUGCACAAUUAUCACAUGUAAGAGAUCCAAAUCAUGUGAUAAAAUCAGCAUUUUCAAAAAUUGUCACUAAAUAUCCUAAAUUUGAAAAAAUAUUUAGGAUCCUUUUUGCAUGCCCAACAUUAAAACCAGAGCAAAAGGUUCAGAGAUGGAUGGGAUUAAUUAAUAGAUAUCCAGGAGAAUCACCAGAGCAUAUCGAAAAAAGAGAAAUUAUUACAAAUAUUGCUCCAUUGUUUCUAAGAAUCAGCAAACAAUAUCAUACAAAUUUCAACGAAGCUUUCAAUUCAUUGAAAGCCCAUUUAGUCCCAAAAAAUCUUCGUUGGAUUAUUGGAUUUCCAGCCAGAAUUUUUGUUUCUGUAUUUGCGUAUAAUGAAGACAAUUGGAAGACAAAACUAAGAAGAUUAAUGGGUAUAGAUGAUUCUUAUUUUGAUGAAGAUAUUUUACAAGUUAUAUUAAAUUUCGAAAAUAAAUCCGAUUAUGACCAUAUCAGAAGAACUUCGGAAAACUACAGAAAUCAUAACAGAUGCGUUCAUUACAUUCCAGAUGAAAUUGACCCAGAAUUCGCUGACUUAGUUCCUCAUAAACCGUCAAAAGAUGGAUCCAGAUCCGAAAAAAUUGAAUACACUGACGAUGAGGAUCCGCCAGCGGAUGAAGAACCGUCAGAAUCUGAAAAUCUUUCACUUCCAACAGAUUAUCCAAAAUUCAACAAAAAAUCUAUAUUUGGUUCCGAUAUCAAAGUACCACCAGAUUGGAAAAGGUUUUCAUUUUUCUUCAAGGCGAAGGAAAUUCCAGAUGAUCCUCAAGAAUUCCAAAAUUUAUUAUCCAAAUUUAAACAAGAUCUUUAUAAUACGUACUCGUCUUUAAUUCGUAUUAAUGAAGAAAACAUCUCGGCUGUUGCAGUUUACGAUUCUCAGCAAGCAAAAGAAAUUAUGAAUUCAGCUUUUACUGAUUUUCAUAACUUUGAGAAAAUUAAGAUAAACGCAAUCAAUUAUCUUAACGUCCUCAGCCACAAUCCACCAUCUCUUGAAAUGAUAGCAGAUUUUCAUCCUGAUUUGAUACAA